UUGGCAGAUACACAAACUGCAGUGGGGAGGAGCUUGCAGUUCCUGCCAGGACAGACUGAAGGACAAACAGCCAAAGGUGCAAGAGAAAUAGGAAAAAACAGAGGACUGACUUUCUUAAUUAUAAAGGAAUAGAAGGAUCAUAGACUGAAGUGGGAGUGAAAGAUGGCUUCAGCACCUAUCCGCCUGCUACUCCGCCGAGGGUUUUCUGCUGCAGCGUCCCAUGAAAGCCAUGAGGGAGGAGCGAAAACCUGGAAGAUUCUGUCAUUUGUCCUGGCCCUGCCUGGAGUUACCGUGUGCAUGAUCAACGCUUACCUGAAGGCACAGGAGCAUGCAAAACACGGACGUCCAGAGUUUGUGCCCUACCCUCACCUUCGCGUCCGCACCAAGCCCUGGCCCUGGGGUGAUGGCAACCACUCUCUCUUCCACAAUCCUCACACCAAUGCCUUACCCACUGGUUAUGAGGGCCACGGCCAUCACUAGUCACAGCACCUCCUUGUGUCCACCAGAAACCUCAUGUUCACUCCUACAUCAUGAGCUAAUUACCUGUAUGACAUGAGCACAGGGGCCAAUCAAAUAACUGAGGAAUUAAAUAAUAAAAUUCUUCUUUUUUCUUAAGUGUAA